UUGCAGCACUAAGCCAAAAAUAAUAAUCCAAAAAAAGCAUAAAAGUUUAAAAAUUGGCGUUUCAAUUGUCUCAUUACAAUCGCAUUACAAGGCACAAGGUUUCUAUAAAUGUGACCGAAUAAUGUCACCGUUAAAUUAGUUUAAAAUUGUCUUACUACAACAGCAGACAAUGCAGACAGAAACAGAUCGCACCGACGAACAAAAAAAUGAUGAAACAAAUGUGUUGCUGGAGGCAGGAUACAAUUACGUAGAAGGAACGCCACAACCACAACCAAUUUGUCGGCCAGCAUUCACCUUAAUCGAAUUGAGAAAUGCUAUUCCACCGCAUUGCUUCGAACGUAGUAUGGUCAAAUCGUUUGGCUAUUUAUUGAGAGACGUUGUGACUAUCAUUUCGUUGUUGUGCUGUUCGUUCAUUAUUUUUGAGCAUCAAUCAGUACCAUUCUGUUUUACAGCCAUUGCAUAUCCUGUUUAUUGGUUUGUUCAAGGCAGUUUCUUGUUUGGUGUGUGGGUUUUGGCUCAUGAGUGUGGCCACGGUGCAUUUUCUGAGAGUGAUUGCGUCAACGAUAUUGUUGGAUUAAUUGUGCACUCAGCAUUAUUGACUCCCUACCACAGUUGGAAAAUAACACACCGAAAACAUCAUUCGAACACAAGCAGUUGUGAGAAUGACUUAGCCUUUGUUCCGUUCACAGAACAGGAGAUUUCGCAAUCACCUUGGUCCCAUCAUCUUCUGAACGAUAGUCCACUGUUUAACUUGGUCAAAGCCAUUUAUUUCUUACUACUGGGAUGGCCCGCGUAUUUAGGCAUAAACGCAUCUGGUCCAAGCAAAUAUCGAAAUAGACCAAACAGCCACUUUAAUCCAAAUGCAGAAUUCUUUUCAUCGACCAAUCGCCGCAGCGUAAUUUUAAGUGAUAUUGGAUUUGUUCUAGCACUGGCAGCUAUUGGUUACUGCGUCUACAUUUUCAAUUUUUUCCUUGUCUGGCGCCUGUACAUUGUUCCGUAUCUCGUGAUGAAUGGAUAUCUCGUACUGAUAACACUGUUACAUCACACCGACACCUAUGUCCCACAUUUCCGAAGUAGGGAGUGGUCCUGGUUAAGAGGCUCGCUUUCCACGAUUGACCGAUCAUAUGGAACAUUUUUGGACACAGUUCUACAUCACAUAACCGAUACUCAUGUGUGCCAUCACAUUUUUUCGAAAAUGCCGUUCUAUCAUUGUGUUGAGGCGACCGAAGCAAUCAAACCAAUUCUAGGGAAUUAUUACUUAAGGGAUGAAACGCCAAUAUUAGUUGCAUUAUGGCGGGCGAUUACACAUUGCAUUUAUGUUCAGAAUGACGGUCAGGUGGUGUUUUACAAGAAGAGUUUGACAAAUAAAUAAUUUUCACAUGCGGUAA